AUGGAGUAUAAUGUCUAUGUUCAACAUACUUCUGAAAGAAAUAUAGUUCUAGUAUAUAUGCAUGUUGAUGAUAUAUUGCUAACAGGAAGUUGUGAACAUGAGAUAGCUAAGGUCAAGAAGGUGUUGAUGAAUGAGUUUGAGAUGAUUGAUAUAGGAAAUAUGACAUAUUUUCUAGGGAUGAAGAUUUUGUACUCUGAGAAGGGUAUCAUUCUGCAUCAGUUGAAGUAUGAACUUGAACUUCAGAAGAUAUUUGAAAUACAAAAUUGUAAGGUUGUGCUCACACCUUCAGAAAUAAAUCAAAAAUUGGAUUCUGAUCCUGAAGGUGAUGAUGUAAAUGCUAUAAAUUUCAAGCAGUUGGUUGGAUCUCUAAGGUAUUUGUGUAAUACCAUACCUGAUACUUGCUAUGUAGUUGGAAUGGUUAGUAUGUUCAUGAGUAAACUAAAUUGGUCUCAUUACCAAGAUGCUAUCAGGAUUCUUAGGUACUGUGGUUGCAUGUCAAGUUGUUUGGCUUUUGAAUUUACUGCAGGAUCUGAAGAUCAAGUUCACUCAUUGAUGGAGUAUCUAAAGUUUGGUUUAAGGUUAUCAUUUGGUUUUACUAGGAACCACUAG